UCCCCCCCCCCCCCAACAUCACUCCGGAGCAGCGACCGGUUGGCCAUCAGCCCAGUCGCUUCCUGCGGGAAUGACCAAGAUGCUGCGGCUCUUGGGCAACCUGAUCCGGGCCAGGAACACCCCUGCAAAAGUUCUAGUAGGAUCUCGCAAUUAUGCAGACUUUGCAUCUGAAGCAUCCUUUGACAUUAAGAAAUGUGACUUGCAUCGUCUUGAAGAAGGUCCUGCAACCACAGUCAUCCUGACCAGAGAAGAUGGCCUUAAGUACUACCGGAUAAUGCAAUUAGUUCGUCGUAUGGAGCUCAAAGCAGAUCAGCUGUACAAACAGAAGAUCAUUCGUGGGUUCUGCCAUUUGUGUGAUGGUCAAGAAGCCUGCUGCGUUGGAAUAGAGGCUGCAAUCAAACCAACAGACCACCUUAUAACAGCUUAUAGGUCUCAUGGUUACACUUACACACGUGGAAUCUCUGUCAAAGAAAUUCUAGCUGAGUUGACUGGUAGACGCAGUGGUUGUGCUAAAGGCAGAGGGGGCUCUAUGCACAUGUAUGCUGACAAUUUCUAUGGAGGCAAUGGCAUUGUUGGUGCACAGGUUCCUCUUGGAGCUGGGAUUGCACUCGCCUGCAAAUACUUUGAGAAGGACGAGAUCUGUGUAACCUUGUAUGGUGAUGGUGCAGCUAACCAGGGCCAGAUUUUUGAAACCUACAAUAUGGCAAUGUUAUGGAAAUUGCCCUGCAUAUUUAUCUGUGAGAACAACAGGUAUGGCAUGGGUACCUCUGUGGAGAGAGCAGCAGCCAGCACAGACUACUACAAGAGAGGUGACUUCAUUGCUGGUCUGAGGGUCGAUGGCAUGGAUAUAUUGUGUGUUAGAGAAGCCACAAGGUUUGCAGCAGAUUACUGCAGGUCUGGAAAGGGUCCUAUCUUGAUGGAACUGCAAACAUAUCGUUAUCAUGGACACAGUAUGAGUGAUCCUGGUAUCAGUUAUCGUACUCGAGAAGAAAUCCAGGAAGUAAGAAGUAAAAGUGAUCCCAUUACCAUGUUAAAGGAGAGGAUGCUGAGCAAGAACCUAUCCAGCAUAGAAGAGCUGAAGGAAAUCGAUGUUAGUGUCAGACAGGAGGUGGAGGAAGCAGCACAAUUUGCCACCACUGAUCCUGAACCUGCUUUAGAUGAUCUGGCCCACAACAUUUACCACAACGAAGCAACAUUUGAUGUUCGUGGCACUAACCCUUGGAUCAAGUAUAGAUCAGUAUCCUAAAGGAAUAACACCCUUCAAAUUUGUUACACAAUCACCUACAACCAAUAUGUACAUUCUCAAAUGGAAUCUGAAAGUCAUGUUCGUAAACGAUUAAUGUUUCAGUUAAGCAAAACUGCAUAUUAAGAAAAUUAGGACUUUUACUGUGUUUGAAUUUGUUUUUUUACAUGUACAUAUACAGAUUCUUAAACCCUUGUGAAUUACUUGCGUCCCAUGGUUUAUUUAAUGGUUGCCAUCUUGUACCAGUGGGGUUGUUUUUAAUCAAGGGUGUUCCUGAAGCAGAUCAGAGUUGAUGCUGUUUUGCCAGAUAGCAAGUGUCUGACAUGUAAUAAAGUCAAAAUAAGAUUAA